UGUUCCUCUAACUCUAAGAAACUUCACUUUACUAGAAAAAUUAUGUCUUAGCAACAUUUUUAACAUUUGUGAGCGCGAAAUUUAACACUGCCAGAUUGCAUGAACAAAACUGUUAGUGGGAAAAUCCGAAUCUGGCAUCACGUCACUAUGGUUUCUCUGCAUCACCUUACAUUUGUCCACCUUGUUGCAUCAGCUGUUUCUGUUGUUUAAUGAAGAAUGGAUUUGACGCUGGACAAAAAGCUUCAGGGAUUUCAAUUGGUGGCUCAGGAAAAGCUUUGCUCUAUACUAUGUUCCAUACCCGGUAAAAAGGAGUUGAUUCUGGAGCCAGACUUAAUCAAGCCACUCGAACAUGUCGUCACUGCCUCCUGGUUAAAGCUGAAGGGCAUUCAGCGGAUCUACAAACAUGAUGCCGCACAGCCUUUACCACGAUCCGCGGAUCAGGUGCACAUCUAUAUGAUACGCAGUGUUUUGGGCAAAUUUCAGACGUUACUCAAGCAAUUGCAACCGGUGGCUUCAGAGGAUAUGCCGGACGUCUCCCUGAAGAUGUAUCAUAUAGUCUGUAUUCCCAGUUGCUAUUCCUAUUUCCAAACUCUCCUAGAACAAGCUGGUCUUUACGGACUAGUCCAACUUCAUCAGUUUAACUGGGAUUUCAUAUACUUCGAUCAAGGAGUACUCAGCUUGGAGCUGCCCAAUCUCUACGAGUGCCUCUACCUCCAAGGAAACACAUCUCCAUUGCCUUCAAUGGCCCAAAGUCUGCGGCUGCUUCAGAUGAUUUGCGGACAACCAGCGUUGAUCUUGAGCUUUGGCAACCACUCAUCCCAACUACUACAAAUGCUAAAGGCUCUUGGCAAGGUUCCAGAAUCUAAGAAUCCUCCGGACUACGGAGGAUGGCUAAUCAUCGAUCGGGAUAAGGAUUACGCUGCCAGCCUGCUCACGCCGGCCAUAUAUGCAGGUCUUCUUUUGGAAGUUUUCGAGCAGCGUUCCGGGGAAAUUAUAGUGGAUACUUCCAAGAACAAGAUUAGCAGCCAGCGUGUGGAGUUACUUCAGGGGAAAAAGGCCAAGGUUGGACUAAGUACAGCCAACAAGCCAUGCUCCAUUCGCCUUAGCUCCUCAUCCGAUGAGAUCUAUGCUGAUAAUCGCUACAGGCGGUUUGCCCAGGUCAGCAGUUUAAUCCACGCACAAGUUAAAGCCCUGGGCUUGGAACUCCAGAAGCUAAAUGACAUGCAGCUGGAGGAGAUGCAUGACUAUGUGGCCAGAAAGCUACCAAAACUCACCGAGCUGAAAAGCAAAGUCCUAAGGCAUUUGAAUGCCAGUGAAAUUGUGAUCAAAAUGAUGGGUAACUUUAGAAGGUUGCAAACGCUGGAGGAGGACAUAUUGAACAAUGUGUCCCGGAAGCGAUUGCUAAGCGAGAUUGAUGAGAUGUUGACCACUGAUGGUCAGAGAUUUAAUACCCUACGAUUGCUGUGCCUUUUGCAUCAUUGCGUAGGAGUGGCUCCCGAAGAGCUGCAGAUCUUUGCAAGAAACUACUGUAAUCUCUUUGGUCACCAGGAAUUGGGUGUGUUCCAGCAAUUGUCGCAGGCGGGAUUAUUGCCACCACUUUUGGCGGAGAAGAAAGCGCCAACCAAACUGCUUUCCAAUCUACCGCUGCCCAAAUUCCAACAAACCGAAUUUCAGGCCAAUGCCAAUCGACUUAAGCUGUUAACAUCCUGUGGAGAUGGGCCAGAUGGUGGCUCCUCUUCUAAAGGCCAAGCUGGCGCCUUGCAAUCCUGUCCCAGUUUUGUGUUUAAUGGUACUUACAUCCCUUUGGUGGCGCAGCUCUGUUCGGUUUUGUUAAAAACUAACAGUGCAGAGGAGUUAUCCUUAAAACUGGAAAUGAUUGAGGGAUUGCACCUCCAUUUGGACACUGGUAAAACCACACCAAAGGCCUUUGCUAACCAACUAAAGGUCAGCGGAAAUGGAGAUCAAGAUAUUUUUCCAUUGCGCCUUAGAAAUCUUUUUGUUUUUGUCGUGGGAGGUGCUAGCUAUGCAGAAAUCGCCGCCUGCGAUUUUGUGGCGAAGCUUACGGGCGCCCAAAUCACCGUGGCAUCUGACUCUCUAAUGGCGGGCAGCGAUUUGAUCGCCACCGCCUUCAACCACUGACCACCAAGUAACCAAGAAUCUAUGUAUCAAAUUAAAUAUAUAUAUAUUUUUAUAUAAAUAUCUUUAAAAAAUCUUG